CCCUCUCAUCGCGACCUCUCCUCCUAUCAUGGCCAUCUAUAACUAUAAACGACGGCCGGUCACUCCUUCUCAUCCUCUCAGAUUCGACAAGCUCAACUUCUGCAAGAGAUCAACGCUGAGCUAAAGUUCAGAGCCAAACACAACAGGAAACUCAACCAGCACCCGGCCGGCGAGCUAUGGCGCGGCGGUGGCAGCUGGCGGCGGUGCUUUUCCUGGCCGUGUCGACGGCGACGACGUCCAUGGCGCAGGACGCGCUGCAGACCAAGUGCCAGGACGACUUGUCGAAGCUGUCGGACUGCAUGGACUACGCGACGGGGCACGAGGACUCGCCGUCGGCCAAGUGCUGCGACGACACGUCGGAGACGCAGAAGGAGCGCCCCGAGUGCCUCUGCUACAUCAUCCAGCAGGUGCACAGCGGCAACCACGGCGUCCAGAACCUCGGCCUCCGCUUCGACCGCCUCCUCGCGCAGCCCGCCGCCUGCAAGCUCACGCACGCCAACGUUUCCCUCUGCAUCAACCUACUGCACCUGACCCCGAGCUCACCAGACUACGCUAUGUUCGCAAACGCCUCCAAGAUUACUCCGUCUCCUGCCGCCCCGGCGAGCGCCAGCACCGCCAACGGCGGAUUCAAGGUCCCAACGGGGCUCGGCUACGGCGUCGUGGCGGCGGCCGUGGUCUCCGCGGUCUUCUCAUCCAUCUUCUAG